AUGAAGUGCACAUCUCUGCUCCUCACGCUCCUCCCAUCCAUCGCUUCCGUCGCCCUCGCCCUCGCCCUCCCAGCGGAGCAGGCGCAGAACUCGGGCAUCGAUCCGAACCGCAGGUUCACGUGCCCGGCCAAGGUCCAGGACUUUUGCUCCGCGUCCAACAUUCACUCGGGGUGCACUGCGGAUGGGAGGUUUACGUCGAGCGCGAUGGACACGUGCGGUGAAUGUAGAUGCUCUUGA